AUGGGUUUGAACGCACACCAGGAGGCCCCCAAAGUGGCAAUGGGGGCGACGGCCUGUUUGUUUCCUCAGCUUUCCGAUCGUUCUGUCGGUACAUCAACCUGUGAGGGAACAGAAAAAUUAGAGAUCGAAGCCGUGGAUCUCUGUGACCUUGUAGAGAUUACAAACAUUCAGCCAUGGGUGUAUGCGGUAGCAGUGUGGGCGGCCGUACUGCGCUGCUUCACCGAGACCGAGUGUGUGCAUCUCUGGGUUCGUGGAAACGCAGUCGCCACCACCGACACGCAACAAUUAUUGGUGAUUCCUCUAUCGAGUGAAACAACCAUUCGGGAAUUGUGCCAUAUGAAGAACUGGUCUCUGGCUCAUGUGAAGGAGCCGGGACUAGCCAACUCAAACGUUGGGGUUGCGCUGGAAAAAUGUAUGUCUUUGGAUGCCAUUCCCCUAUCCACGGUGAGCGCAAGCGAAGAAACACCUGCGAGCUGUGGAAUUUUCCUACAUUUACGGCGUGGGGAUGAUCAACUCCGAAUCUCUUUGGAGUAUAAGGAAACCCUUCUCGGCCAUUCUAUGGCCAAACACCUGGCUAGUGCCAUCCACCAAGGCUUAAUACUUGCACGCCACCAGCUUGAUGACCCACUGAGUGCACUAUGCCUAGUCAGUGAUGUCAAUAUCCAGCAGAUGAACGUCUGGAGCGGCGAUGGACACCACGAACAAGAACCCCUUCCCUGGUGGCAUAGACUGCAGGAAUUAGCCCUAAGUGUGCCUGAUAAAACUGCAAUUUGUGCCUGGGAUGGGCAUAUGACCUUCGCAGAACUGGACAGGGUUUCGUCACGGGCUGCACACUAUCUAAAGAACGCCGGAAUUGGACCAAAUAUGUUCAUUCCUGUGUGUUUCGAGAAAUCGAUUUGGGCUGUUAUUGCUGUUAUCGGCGUCCACAAGACAGGAGCUGCUGUUGUUCCCCUAGAACCGUCACAGCCACUCCCUCGGCUGGAGCAAAUCGUCAAGGCCGUGGGAGCCAAGCUGGUACUGACGUCGUCUUGUUAUGCCGAUCUUCUAAGGAGUGUGAGUAAGCCUCUUGUUAUUACCGCGGCGUCAAUUCUGGAUGUCCCCCUGCCAGGCACAUUCUCCCCAUAUUUACCGGACGUCAGCUCGGCGGCAUACUGUCUCUUUACCUCAGGAAGUACUGGCAAGCCCAAGGGGUGUGUCGUGAGCCACGGUGCCUUUGCCAGUAUUGCCAGUCAGACUCCCGCCUUGCAUCUCAGUGAGCAUGCACGAUUCCUCCAGCUCGCGUCUUAUACCUUCGGGAUGUCCAUUAUGGAGACAUACUGUACUCUGAGUGGCGGUGGUACGGUGUGCAUCCCCUCGGACGAGGACCGUUCAAGUAUUAGCAGCUUGGUGAAUGCCAUCAAUGAUAUGGCAGUGAGCCACAUCCUGACGACGCCAACAGUUCUCGGAUCCAUUCAGCCAGAGGCUGUGCCCAGCCUUCGAAUGGUCAUGACGGGAGGAGAGCCUUUGCAGAAGGGUCACGUCCUCACAUGGGCCGAGAAGGUAUCCCUGUAUCAAUGUUAUGGGCUUACUGAAUGGAUAGGGAUAUUCUGCACCUCCGAGAGGAUUACGCCUUUCAGCAACACAGGAAGUAUAGGUAGACCCAUAAAUGGUCAGAUGUGGCUCGUAGAUCCCACGGACCACACACGGCUUGCACCCAUCGGCUCUGUUGGGGAACUACUUAUUGAAGGGCCCUCUCUCGUCCAGGGGUAUCUUAACGAUCACCAGAAAACAGAUGCCGUCUUCCUCGCCAGGCCGCCGUGGCGGACUGCCCUGGGUCAAUCUGAUAAAGGCCGCAUGUAUCGAACAGGUGAUUUGAUGCGGUUCCUUCCGGAUGGCAGCUUAAUGUACAUGGGACGAAAGGAUACCCAGCUGAAGAUCCGUGGACAGCGAGUGGAGCUGGGCGAAGUUGAGUUCCACGUGAAGAACUGCUAUCCCGAGUCUCUGAAGGUUGUUGUGGAGGCUAUCACACCCCGUGGUAAUGGGGAUCAGCAAGUACUGGCGGCCUUCAUCCACCAGCCUUUCAAGACAGUUUGCAAAGAAGACGCACCGUGGUUCGCUCCAAGCAAUGUGGAAUUCCAAGCCCAGGGCUCUCGUGCAGCAGAAACUAUACGGUCACUGAUACCCAGAUAUAUGGUGCCGAACGUUUUUAUUCUGGUCCGUCGCUUUCCUCGUACUGUCUCGGGGAAGAUUGAUCGAUUGAGCAUCCGAAGAGAAAUGAAUACUCUGCCACAGUCGGAAUUUCUCAAUCUCAUCAGAACAAAUGAGGAUCUCGUGUCACCAUCAUCCGAGGUCGAGGCCCAACUUAUGACCCUGGUGGGCGAAAUACUUCAACAUCCUUCUCAUGAUCUGGGAGUCAAUCUAAAUUUCUUCCACCUGGGCGGCGACUCGAUAAAGGCCCUGAAAUUGGUGGGACUGGCACGAGAGAAAGGUAUCAGGCUGACGGUGAACGAUAUCCUCCAACACCCGGUCAUCCGGGAAAUGGCCACUGUCUCAUCCCAGACAGAGCCGGCUAUCAAUCAGACAGUGGAUGCAUUCGCGCUGGUAGAUACAUCAGCAAAAGGGAGUAUACUCCAAUCGGCUGCAAAGCAAUGUGGAGUGCCUGUCGGCCAGAUCGAAGACAUCUAUCCGUGCAGUGCCCUCCAAGAGGGCCUAUUUGCGCUAUCCCUGCAGAACCCAGGCUCAUACAUAAGCCAAAGCAUCUAUGAAAUCCGGCCGGGUAUCGAUAUUCAACGGCUCAAAACGGCAUGGGAGACAGUGGUUGCGAAACACGAACUUCUUCGUACCAGGUUCGUUCAGCCAAACAGCGGCGAGACCCUCCAGGUGGUCCUGGACGGCUCUCCAGCCUGGGACGUUGCGACAUCCAAGGAUGAAUAUCUUGACCAACCUGAGCGACUUCACACUGGCCUUGGAAGACCCCUCUUACGUUCCUGCAUAGUGGAGGAAGCCCCGGCGUCCGGCAGAAUGUAUCUAAUACUAAUCAUGCAUCACAGCAUCUGUGACCGGUGGGUUCUGCAGCUACACCUAAAGCAACUGGAGGCCGCCUACCAAGGGGGCAGCAUGAUGGCCACGCCUUAUAAUCAGUUCAUCCGCUACGUGCAGGACACCAAAGAUGAUAGGGCAUUCUGGAGCUCGCAGUUCAACGGCCUUACUGCGGCCCAAUUCCCACGGCUGCCGUCUCCAAACUUCAAGCCUGCCUCAACCCAUAAGCUUGAAUUUCCGAUGCAAAUUCCAAAGGCGGUCCAGAGAGGCUUCACCAUAUCAACUGCCAUCCAAUUAGCAUGGGGCCUCGUCCUGGGCUUCUAUACCGGCACAAACGAUGUUGUCUUUGGCUUGACUUUGACGGGCCGAGCAGCCAAUAUCAGUGGCAUCGACAAGAUGGCUGGCCCAACGAUUGCCACAGUUCCGAUGCGUAUUCAAAUCCACCCGCAGGAAAUUAUCAGUCAUGCCCUGAAUGCCCAGCAAGAGCAAAUCGCCCAUAUUACGCCAUACGAGCAGACUGGGUUACAGCGAAUGCGAACCUUUGGUCCCGAAUCGGAACUUGCGUGCAGCUUCCAAAACCACUUGACCAUCCAGUCGCCCUGGGAAUCAGCCGCAGGAUCUCUUUUUGUCAAUCGUGUAGACUCCGAAGCCGUUGCCGGCGGGUUUGCCAAUUCCCCUCUCGUGGUAACAUGCCAGCUUACAGCAGAUCCUGAACAAGUGGCUGUUUCGGUCAAGUUUGACGCCCGAGUAAUCGCCCAGCAAGAGGUGCAGCGUCUUCUAUGGAGUUUGCAGGGCACACUGUGCCUUAUUCUGGCUGACCAUAGCCGGCCUGUACGCGAACUGCGCGCUAUUAGCCCCCAGGACCUGGAACAAUUGAUCCAAUGGAACCCUCUGCCGACAUACACCAAAUCGUCGGUGACCGCACUGGUCUUGCAAACCUGCACCGAACUCUCCCAGCGGCCGGCCGUGCAUGCCUGGGACGGCCAAUUCACCUACGGCGCUCUGGAUCAGCUAUCCACGGGUCUAGCCAGGCAUCUUGUUGCGAGAGGAGUCAAGUCGCGAAGCUAUGUCCCCAUUUACACUGAAAAGUCACGAUGGGCAGUAGUGGCCAUGCUUGCUGUCCUAAAGUGUGGAGGUGCCAUUAUGUUACUUGAUCCAUCUCAGCCAGUCAAGCGAUUAAAGGAAAACUGUCAGUUAGCCCAAGCUUCAUUGGUCAUAGCGUCUCCAACGCAGGUCCGCGCCGCCCUCGACCUGGCUCCAGACGUGGUUCUGUCAACGGGCGAUUAUUCUCGCUGGACAGUUGAUGAGACGGUGGAGCUCCCAGCGGCACAGCCGGACUGGCCUUUAUACACAGUCUUCACGUCUGGCUCCACGGGCAAACCAAAGGGCGUUAUAAUUGACCACACGACGUUUCUUGCUGCCGCGAUUCCCAAUAUCAAGGGAAUUGGGAUUGACCAGUCCACUCGCUGGCUUCAAUUCUGCUCCUAUGCCUUUGAUGUUGCAACAGUUGAGCAGCUCUGGGUCUUGGUUUCCGGAGGAUGCGUGUGUAUACCUCGAGAUGAGCAACGGUUGAACGGAAUUGCCGAAGCUGCUGCGGCCCUAAGACCGACACAUACUUUGUUCACCCCAUCCUUUGCCUACACCUUGAAUCCCGACGAGUUUCCCUCCCUGGAGGUGCUACUACUGGGUGGGGAAUCUAUGCAGGCUAAGGAUAUACGCAAAUGGGCACACCGAGUGCACUUGGUGAAUUCCUACGGGCCAGCCGAGGCCGGGUCCACGUAUAAGAAUUUCCAUGUCAAGCCAGAGUCCACCCCCAACACAAUUGGAUAUGCCAUGGGCGGGCGCUCUUGGCUGGUACACCCGCAGAACUCGGACCAAUUGGUCCCAAUUGGGGCGGUGGGUGAGCUGUUGAUGAAUGGGCCUCACGUUGGACUCGGGUAUAUGGGAGAUUCGGAGAAGACUGCUGCAGCAUUUAUCCCGACUCCCCCCUGGCUUGACGACCUCAAUCGCUCCCUCGGCUGCUGCAGCGAUCCUGGGGACCCCCUUUGCCGUUUAUAUAAAACGGGAGAUCUGUUCUGCUACAACCUGGAUGGCUCCCUGCGCUAUGUUGGCCGGAAAGACACUCAAGUCAAGCUUCGGGGCCAGCGCAUUGAACUCGGCGAGGUUGAGUGGCACGUCCAGGAGCUAUUCGAGGAUGCUGUCAACGUCGUAGCAGAAGUUAUUCCGUCUGCGGGCUCCCAGCCAAGCGCAUCUCUGGCUGCAUUCGUUCAUCGUGUUGUGGAUGAAGCGGAAAUACCAGACAAUUACUUCUUACCCUCGUCUGCCGAAUUUCGCAAACGGUGCGCCACAGCAACCGCUGAGCUCCGUGACCGCAUCCCAGCAUUCAUGAUUCCUUCUUUGAUUAUUCCCGUUUCCAGACUGCCCCAGGGGGUGACGGGCAAGGUUGACCGCAAAGCGUUACGAGAAGCGGUUGUAGCCAUGUCAGACUCCAGGCGCAGUGAAUAUCGCAUGGCUAUGGAGGAGAAGAAGCGCGCCCCGAGAAAGGAGGCAGAAAGAAAGCUCCAGGUAAUCUGGGCCGAUGUCCUCAGGGUACCCAUGGACGAAAUUGGCAUCGACGACAACUUUUUCCACCUAGGUGGGGAUUCUGUCAAUGCCAUGUAUAUGGCGGCCCGGGCUCGCGCGGAAGGACUUGCCCUGGCCGUGACGGACAUUCUACAGAAUCCGAAGAUUUCUACCUUGGCCACUCUAGAAUCCGAGCCUGUUGACGAGGACUAUGCGUCCGAACCGUUCUCCCUGGUGGAUGUGGGGACUCGAGAAUCGGCUAUUCAAGAAGCCAUUCGCCUGGGUCUUGUGUCCCAGGCUUCUAACAUCGCUGAUGUUUUGCCUGUGACAGAUGGUCAAUCUUUCCUCCUCACACAGUGGACCCCAGUAUAUCAAUGCCAUGACAUCGAAGGCCCAGUCGAUGUAGAUAUGCUACGCGUUGCAUGCAAGGCCGUCAUAGCAAACCAUGCUAUCCUCCGCACGGCGUUUAUUCGGACGAGGAAAAGCCUGUUACAAGUGAUUCUCAAGUCUCUAGAUCGACCUUUGCAACAUAUUACUACGGACGAAAACCUCAUGAUGUACUGCGACAAUCUCUCCCAAGACGAUUGCCAGAUUUCAUCCAUUGUCAAUUCGGCUCCGCUCCACUUCAGCCUCGUGUCCAACAGCAGCACCAGGCACGUCUUUAUCAUUCGUAUUUCACAUGCGCAGUAUGAUGGCCUUUCCAUACGCGUGUUGCUCGACGAUAUAGCGGCCGAGUACUCCGGUAUGAGAACCAGCGUUGCGGUGGAUUUCUCUUCGUACAUGUAUUUCCGUGCAUCCCGAACCACAGACAAAGCCUUUGCCUUCUGGCGUAACUAUCUUCACGGAUCAUCAGUUGCAAACAUCAGUCUCAAUCUCCCCACUGGGCCCUCUGCCCCGCAGCCCGGUCGAGCGGGCGGGCGUGUCUCCGUCGCAAAAGAGAUACCACUUCCCACUGCACCAGCGGGAAUCACCACCGCCAGCCUCGUCAAGGCUGCCUGUGCGUUCGUACUAGCUCGACUCACGUCCCAAACAGAUCUCAUUCUCGGCCAGACUGUAAACGGACGCAGUCUGCCCCUCCCCAAUAUCGACAAGGUCCUCGGGGCGUGUCUGAACUUUAUCCCCUUGUGGGUAACGCUCCAGGAGUCAUAUACAGCCUACGAACUGCUGCAGCACGUCCAAGACCAAAGCGUCUCCACUCUGGCCUACGACUACAUUGGGUCCUCAGAGAUCUUCAGACAGAGCACCGACUGGCCGGCUGACACCCCCUUUUCCUGCGUCGUUCAGCACCAGAAUCUAGAACGCAGCGCCGGUCUCCGUCUAGCGGGAACAAAGGCUACUUUCUCGGGAUGGGCGCAUUUUAUUCCUGCCAAUGGGAUGUGGAUUGUCUCAAGCCCAAGAGAAUCUUCUCUAGACGUGAUGAUGUGCACUUCAGAAGGCGUGAUGUCUGCGGGGACGGCGAGGGGCCUGAUGAAGGAGAUUUGUGCGGCGAUACAAUCAUUUUCGAACUCUCCUGGGGAUCAAUUGGAUUUGAAUGGUGACACCAUGGUGUAA